AUGGCGACACCGCUUUUAGCUGGUAUUGCGGUUGCUGGCGCAGCUCUAGCUGGAAGAGCGGCUAUACGGGCGUGGCAAGUACUGAAGACGGCGCCGGCUCGGCCAAAGUUUCCGCGUUCCUUUUUGCAGGGCGGCUUCGAGCCCACUAUGAGUCGCACGGAGGCGCUUCACAUUCUGGGGCUCAGGGAGGGUGUUCCCCGAGAAAAAGUACGCGAGGCGCACCGUCGACUGAUGCGAAUAAAUCAUCCCGACACGGGCGGAAGCGCAUACCUCGCAGCAAAAGUCAACGAGGCGAAAGAGGUGCUGCUAGGGACGGGGCGCCGACCCACAGCCGGUGUGUAG